AGAGACGCCCAUAUACAAACGUUGCCUGGUUCACUAACUUAUUGUUGAAGUAACGCAAGCUAACGUAAAAAAUGUCCAGUUUAAGGAAACAACCAAGACAUCUCUGAGGAAGAAAUUAGCUCAAAACCCAUACAUUGCAUCCAGAGAAGUAACCAUGAAUUUAAAUUAUUUUGUGGUUGUUCCCAACAAGCCCAAUUCAAUGAAGAUGAAAGGCAGGAAUCUGCCGGAGCUGCAUCUGGACGCUGUGCAGCUGGAUCAAGAGAGCAGGAUCAUCGAGAGCCGUCUUCAGCAGCUACGAGAAGACAUGAGCCGGGAGAAAGAGGAGAGAGAAAAGUCUGGUGGGUUUCGUUGGAAGUCGGUGAAAGCCACUUCUCAAGGUGCGACCAAGACCAAGGAGAACAGCUUUCAAAAGCUGUCUGCUGGGAAGGUGAAGAUGAGGGUCCUUAAAGGGGAGCCGGAAGAGCCGGGCAGGCCGACGGGGAAGGCGCCACGCCCGCCGCCCGGGGAGCAGGCGGCCAGCAGGAAGCCCAGGCUGCGGGGGAAGCCCUGCGGUCAGUGCGAGGCCAGCGCUGCCAGGCUGAUGUGCGCGGAAUGCGGAGAGGACUACUGCGUGGGCUGCUUUGCCAGGUUCCACCAGAAGGGGGCACUGAAGAAUCACAGAAUGAUCCCGAUCCAGAUGGAGAUCCAGACCUCCAUCAGCGCAUUGGAUGUUGUGAGCCAGUUUAAGAGACAAAUUGAGCCUGAAGGGUCAGCUGUGAACAGCAAGAGGAAGGACGCUAAAUGGAGCCAGGGGGCGCUAAGGAGCAAGCCUUCAUCCACGACCCUUCCACAGACACAACUUUUGCUCGUGAAGAACGAUGGUGUGAAAGAGAGGGGAGAGGCGGAGAGCCAGCAUAGACAGAACCUGUUGUGCGGGGAGUAUGAUGAGAAGGAGUCGGAGAGAUCGUUCCAGGAGGCACUGUGGGAGUGGAGAGGGCAGGGUGGGGUUUCAGAGGUGGAGCCGGUGCCAGAGCUGGAGGCGGAGCUGGAGCCGGAGGUGGAGGUGGACCCAGAGCCAGAUGUGGGCCCAGAGGAUUUGUGGGGACUGAAAGAAACCCUGAAAGCGCCCACCGAGGUUUUCGCCGCCCAGGCCGACCUCGUCCAGAGGGGACGGCCGAUCGAGGUGGAGUUCAGGGAACACGGCCUGAGCUACAUGGAGAAGCUGCUGGUGAAGAAACACAGACGGACGCCUAUCGAGGAGUAUCGACCGCUCCCUGCCGCCGGCCCGUAUCAAGAAUCUCAGGCGGAUGCCGGCCGUGUGACGGGCGAGGAAGAACUGACAGCUGAAGAGAUGGAGAUGCAGAGGUACUGUGCGUCACUCUUCGCCACAGACGCUGCCCCCUCCACCACCGCCUCCACCUCCGCAUCCGCCUCCACGUCCAGCUUUUUCACAGGCGGCAAUCAGCAAGACAGCCCAGCUAAAUCAUGUCUCAGCAUGGUGGAGUUAGAGCAGAUGGCUGGGGACUCAGCUGUGCUGAACAGCACCUUUACAGCUGAACUGGAAACGGACAACGGGAUGAUGCCGGAGGCUGAAGGAAUAGCUAUGGAGCCAGGACACCAGGAGACCAAGAGGAGCAAAGAACCGACCGAUUACCAUCCAGUCAAUCAAUUACCAAGACCCCCCGGGUUCACUCCUUCCCCCCAGAAAUGCAGGUCCCACUUAACUCAGUCGCCUCAGGCAACUCUUUCUCCGACCCCCGCACCUCCAUCCCCCCGCUCCUCCACAUCCCGAUCUGCCAGGGUGAUGACUACCUCACUAGAUUCAAAACCGACCUUGAGGAAGACAUCCUGGUCUGCCCCAUGCCAGAUUAGACCUCCACAGUCUGCUGUAGCCUCGAGGCAGUCAUCACCAUCCCCCCUGUCCUCCAGGCCCCAGUCGACUGGGUCUUCAGUACGCAACCCCCUGCCCUCCAGAUUCAAAUUGACUAGGCCGUCACCACCCGAAUGGCCCUCCAGGGCAAAAACAACUUCAUCACCACCAUCAACACCCUUGUCCUCCAGGUCCAUGUCCUACAGGUCCAUAUCAACUGGGUCAUUGCCACCAACUCCUCUGCCCUCUAGGGACAAAUCAGCUGAGUCACCGCUACCUGAUUUCACUUCCAGACCCAAGGCAACUGCAUCACCACCAUCAACAGCCCAGUCCUAUAGGUCCCUAUCAACUGGGUCAUCACCACUAACUCCUCUGCCCUCUAGGGACAAAUCAGCUGAGUCACCGCUACCUGAUUUCACUUCCAGACCCAAGGCAACUGUAUCACCACCAUCAAUAGCCCAGUCCUUCAGGUCCGUAUCAAAUGGGCUAUCUCUAUCAAGGGACAAGUCAUCUGAGUUGCCACCCCCUGAACUGAAUUUCAGGAGUAAAUCACACCAUUCACCACCACUUGAAUUGACUAUCAGGGGUAAAUCACCUGGAUCGCCACCGCUUCAACAGACCUUAAAGUCCAAAUCAACUGGGUCAUCACCACUAACUCCUGUGCCCUCCAGGGACAAAUCACCAGAGUCGCCUCUGCCUGAACAGGAUUUCAGAGAUAAAUCAGCCAGUUUACCCCUACCUGAAUUGAGUUUCAGGGGUAAAUCACCUGGAUCAACCCUAGCUGAACAGGAUUUCAGGGAUGAAUCAGCUGAAUUUAGUUUCAAGGAUGAAUUGCCUGAACUAACCGUACCAGAACAGGAUUUCCAGAAUGGAUCACCCGGGUUGCCCUUACCUGAACUGAGUUGCAGGGAUAAAUCACCUGGAGGACCCCUAGCAGAACGAGAUAUCAACGAUGAAUCAGCUGAAUUGAGUCUCAGGGCUGAAUUGCCUGAAUCAACUGUACCAGAACAGGAUUUCAAGAAUGAAUCACUCAGGUUGCCCUUACCUGAACAGAGUUGCAGGGAUAAAUCACCGAUCACCUAG